AUGGUACGAGAGAGGACUCCAGCUCGAAAACAGCUCAAGCCACUAGUGUCGGAUUCCUGGGUGGUCGAAAGCGAUGGAGAUGAUGAAUAUACACCUCCACCUGUUAUGUCAGGAUCAAGACAGGAUGACUUCAUCCGGCAAUCGCGACGAUCAGCAGAGCCAGCAGAAACACCUCGUAAGGGAUCUUCAAGGCAUACCAGAUCCAGUACGACGGAAUCCGACUUCAUCAUGCCAUCAAGACCGAAUGGGAACAUGAAUGGCUCGUUUCACGGCGAAAAGCCACAGCAGGAACUUCGACAGCAACCAAAACCAAAGCGCAAGCAUUCUCCACCACCAGUGUAUCGUGACGAUGGUUUCCCUCGCAGACGGCCCACUCAACUUACGCUGCAAGAUCGUGCUGGAAACCUCUUCGACCUAGCCGUCGACUUCCUCCAACCUAUAUUCAGAUGGAUGUUCGACAUCAUGGGCUCUGCCUUCCAAUAUCUCAAAGGCCCUCUUUCCGCUUUACUAGCCCUCUACGUACUGUUUGGCCUCCUGCUUUUCCUGCGCAACCUCCUAUUCAAUUCUGUCUCCUCCGCGCUCUCUCCCAUCUGCCGCGUCCCAGGCGUCCGUUUUAUCAAUCUCGGCAUCUGCCACUCCUCUUUUCCAGUCGAAUACGAUGGAGACGACGCACCUCCCGUCCGAUUCGACGAAUUGAUGGGCGUGCAGAACAAAUUCGAAGAAAUCUUGCGAGAAGCUGCUGGCGGAGUCAGUCUGCCGCUAGACAUGAAGCGCGGGGAGACUGGGAUUCGAGAUUUGAGGCAGGUGGUACGGUUUAGCCAGCUGCACUCACGAAACGAGUUAGGGCUGGAGUUUGAUGGCUUUAUUGAGACGGCAAGGAUUGCAAGCUAUGACCUGCAGAGGUUCAACUCCCAUGUUGGACGUGGCGUGGAUAACAUUCUAGCUACUGCUCGCUGGACGAAACGCGUGCUUGAUGGGAUUGCGGAGCGUGAUGCUGGCAGGGGUGCUAUUGCAGGUUUCUUUGGCGACAAGGUGCUGAAACCAUUCCAGCCGAUCAAGUUCACCGAGGACAUGCUGCUUGAUCAGUACAUACAGCAUACACGCAAGGUAGAGGAGGAGGUCUUCAGGCUUAUUGAAGAAGCGCAGGCACUGCUGAUGCUGCUACAGAACCUCGAGGACCGGCUAGAUGUAAUUCACGGAAUUGCUAUAAGGGAUGACCUGCAUGCAAAGGCAUCGAAAGAUGAGGUGCUUUCGCAACUAUGGACUAUGCUUGGUGGAAAUAGACGAAAGCUGGGGAAAUUUGAUUCUCAGUUGAAAUUGUUGGACCAAGUUAAUACAUAUCGCCAAAAUGCGAUUGCACAUGUCAGUGGGACGCUCGUAAAACUGCAGGGCAUGGGCACGGAACUGGAAGAGUUGAGGGAGAGGGUGGGCGGUGUUGAGCUGUUGGAUGGCCAAGGGGUUGUUCCGCUGAGGAUGCAUAUUGAGAAUAUCGAAAUGGGGGUUGAAAGGCUGGAGAAGGGAAGGAAAAGUGCGAAGGAGCUGGAGAACGAAGAAUUGUCGGAGAGCCUUGGAAGGAGGUCCGACAAUCGGAAAAUGAUGAUUGAUGAGAAGUGA